CUGGGCGGCGUUCCUGGACUGGUGCCCCUCGUGCGGGCGUUCCUGGAUGUGGUGUUGCCCCCGCAGGCCCUGCCGACUCUCGAGGACGGCCAGGCGAGCGGCGCGCCCGUCUGGCCGCUCAUCUUCUACUGCAUGCGGGCGGGCGGCGGCAAGGCGGCCUGCGUCGCGGCCGCAGAAAACAGUUCUCCGUCUGUUGUUGAAAUUGUGGCAGCUUUGGAUCACUAUGAAAAGAGCGAUUCCUAUAGACUGCCACCUGAUAUGGAAAAGAAACUGCGGAUGUCUUAUAAGCGUGCCGUCAAGAAUUCACCAGACCCUUUCAAGCGGGCUGUUUACUGCAUCCUGAGUCGCUGUGAUCCACAUGAGACCCUCUGCAUUAAAACCACUACUGAUGAUUAUAUCUGGCUCAAGCUUUGUGUGGUGGAUUGUGAUUCCUCGCCUUCAGCCUCCACCUCUAGCACCAGCAGCGUGCAGCAGGACAUCCUCACUCUCACCUCACUCCAGAAUCUCCUUUAUGAGCAGUAUGGAGAAUCACACUUCAGUGCAUUACAGCAGCCACUGCUCUAUACAACAAUCCUACUCCAGACAGGCCAGUUUGAGGCAGCUGUGGAAUUUCUCAGCAGAAAAGAAGCUCUGCGUUGCCAUGCUGUUCAUGUGGCCCUAGCUUUGCAUGAGAUGAACCUACUAGCCCUUCCUGAACAAGUCCAUGCCCCCAUGUUGUCUCGUGAGGAUGGUGACCCAGAUGGUGUUAGAAGACUGAAUCUGACAAGGCUUAUUCUUCUCUACACAAGGAAAUUUGAGGCCACUGACCCAUGUGAAGCCUUACAUUACUGUUACUUCCUAAGAGCUCUGAAAGGAAAGAAUGGGGAGAAUGUUUUUGCAGGCUGCAUCAGUCAGCUAGUCUUGCAGUCCCGUGAGUUUGACAUGCUUCUGGGACGCCUGGAACCAGAUGGGCGUCGCACUCCCGGGGUUAUUGAUAAAUUCAAGGUAGAUGUUAGUGAAGUGACAGAGAUGGUUGCACAAGACUCGGAAAAGAAGGGACUCUACGAAGAUGCCAUCAAGCUUUAUGAUCUGGCCAAGAAUCAUGACAAAGUUGUAGCACUUCUGAAUCAGCUACUGAGUCAGGUUGUGUACCAACCAGAAGGAGGGGCUGGCAGCCAGCGUGUGCGUGUACUGGAGCUAGCAACAGCUGUGGCCAUCCGGUUCAAAACGCAUGGUCACAAUACUCUUCCAAACAAUGCCGCAACACUCCACUUGCUUUUGGACUUGGCCACUUUCUUUGAUUUUUAUCACAAAGAAAGGUUCACAGAUGCUUUGGAGGUGCUGAAGAAGUUACGUAUUAUUGCCCUGAGUCGGGAUGAAGUGGAGUCAAGGGUUGCUGGAGUGGCCUCACAUGGAAGUGAGGUCCGGGUGGCAUGCAUUUCCUCUCUGAAUCAAACACCUAUGGUUUACCGACUCCUAUGGUUUUCCUUUGAUCACGGCUCUGACCACUACUACUACACCCCCUGGUCAGCACAAGCUAUCAACUUGACCCAUCCCGUAUCAUCUAUCCAGGUUAUAACUUCAAAAGAUACCUCACUCCCAGUAUCCUCCAACCCUCCUGCACAAUCGUCUCCAUUUUCUACUUCUUCCUCUCUUAUUACAACUCUUCAGCCCUAUUGUCCUUAUCCCCACACAGCACUGUCUCAAUCCACACCACUCCCUCCUUCACCCCUCUACAAUGCCCACUUCUACAAACCUUUUGAGUAUCCUAUUUAA